UACGGAUACUGCGGAAUCUUGGAAAUUUGCAAAUUCUGAUGUCAUACCAGCUACAGGCAUUAUGGUAUUUGCAUUCAUGUGCCACCACAAUACAUUUCUUGUUUAUCAAUCAAUGCGUAACGCAACCAUGGAGCGUUGGGAAAAGGUUACUCAUAUAUCAAUUGGUUUUGCCUGGACGGUGGCUGCUCUAUUUGGCAUUGCUGGCUAUUCGACAUUUAGAGCUUUAUCACAAGGUGAUUUACUGGAAAACUACUGUUGGAAUGAUGAUCUAAUGAAUUUUUCACGUGUACUCUUCUCCAUAUCAAUACUUUUGACUUUUCCUAUUGAAUGUUUUGUAUCACGAGAGAUUGUAAGACACAUGGUGCAUCGUUUUGUGCUUAAGGAACCCAUCAGUGAGUUAACCGAUGAAAAAGAUCCUAAACAGGAAAAGGGAGCCGAAGUGGAUGAGUAUUCAAGAAACAUUACCUUGGCCAUAGUGUUUAGUGCUUUUGUUAUAUCACCCAUGACAGAGUGUUUGGGUUCGGUAUUGGAAUUAAAUGGUCUUAUGGCCGCUAUACCUUUGGCUUAUAUAUUGCCCGGUUUGGCCUAUAUACAAAUGGAUCCAAAUCCCUUAUUGAGCCGUGAAAAGUUACCUGCUUUAGGUUUGGUAGUAUUUGGUGCUUUAGUUACUAUUUUGGGUGCGGUUGUUUUAUUGCCCAGCAUCGAUGAGGACUGUCGAGCCGAUAUUGUGAUGGAUUAUUGUAAAAGCUCCAAUUUACGUGAUAAUAGUACACUAACAACUUAAUUUAUUUAAAUGUUGCACAUACAUACAUAUUUAUAUACAUACAGUAGUGUUUUUUUUCUCUCUCUCUCUCUCUCUAUCUCAACCCAAAAUCCCUUAAAGACCCCCUUUCGAAAUUGUGAUUGUUAACGAGUGUUUGUCGCUCGUACACAUUGUUCAGCAACUUGUUAAAUUUGCAACAGAUCGUUAUGAGCAUCAAACAUUUAUUUAUAUUUAUAGAAAUACAUACAUACUAUAUAUACAGACAUAUUUAAAUUAAUAUAAAAAACUAUAUAUUUUAUUAAGAUGAAAAAAGUUUAAGAAAUAUUAAAAAAAUAAUACAAAAUGAUAUUAAAUUCCUCUGUAGAAAACAAAAGCCAUGAUUAAAUAAACAAAAAGGUAUUAGUUUAUAAGUAGAACAAAAACAAAUAAAAAAGUUUAAAAAUCUACAGUUCUUUUAUUUCGAGAAUACUUUACACCAGAUAUUCGAUUUUUG